UGUAAAUGAAACCUAUUAAAAUAAAAAAUAACGAAAAUGAAAAUCCAUUGGCUUUAAGAUCUAAGAUAAAAAGAAUCAAUGUAUAAGAAUAAUUUUAGUUUAGAUCACUUCAGAAUUAUUUGAGAAUCCUGUAUAAUUUAACAUCUCUCCUUUAAGGUUGAAAGUUGAGAAUGAUGCACAAUAAUAUCUGGAAGCUAUUAGUGCAUUUUAAACAGUAGAAAUAUCGAAUCCAAUAGUAAAAGAAAGAGCUAAAAGUGUUAGUAAUUCAAUAGAUAUUUAUAAUAAUAGUGGAAGACACUGAUUUUGGGGCGUGGUAAGAUUAAAAAUACAUUUAACCAAAUUCUAAUUAAUAUCGAUAAUCUUAUAAAAGAGAUUAAAAGAAUUGUUAGUUUAAGAUUAGAUAGCAAUCACCUAAAAUUUAAUAAUAAAAUAAAAUAACUAAUAAGAUUAUACAAUAUCCAUUAACAGGUUAUUUAGAAAGGAAUUUAAAUCAGUUUUUUUAAAAGGACAAAUAUUUUAAAAUUAUUUAGAAUAUGACUGGAGCAACUCAUAGAAAAAAAACAAAGAAAAUAAUGCCAAGUAGCACUUAAAAUAGUCGAGCAUAAUCAUCAUUAUCAUUUUAACUGUGA